UGUGGGACGAAAUGGUAGCGUCGAGGGUGGAAAUGACCUACGACCGUUCAGAGUCUCGGUUGAUGGGGACGAUGUACGUAUUACUCAUCAUAUAUUGCCUAAUAACCCAUUUGCCACGUCUUUGCGAUGGAGUCAAAGAAACGAGCACCUUCCUUGUGGCUUAACUAUAAUUACGCAGAACCGGGAGAUAUUCUCGUGCAAGAAGUUUUUGUUCCAAAGGAAGGAUUAUCAACCUUUACCUACUAUUGUUGUUUGUGCUGGAAUUCUGGCAUGGAAGGUGGAGGCUACUGUGGCAUUCAAGAUCAUCCCAAAGGCCGGGCUUUUAUUUUUUCUUUAUGGGAUCCUCAGGAUGUCAACACAACGCCUAUUACAGCACCUAUCCUGGGACCAGGAACAUGGAUAGAAAGAUUUGGUGGUGAAGGCACUGGCCUUAAAUCUAUGAACUUUGAGACAGGCUGGAAGGAGGACCAGUGGUACACAAUGAUAGUGAGACGAUGGAAUGCACCCAGUGGAGGUACAUGCUUUGGCUGUUGGGUACAUGAUCAGAACCUUGAUGUCUGGCAUCACCUCAUCACCAUGGAAUAUCCAGUUCCAAAAGUAUUUUUCUGUGGAACUACAUACAGUUUCCUGGAAGACUGGAAUUUUACCAGUGAAAAUGCAAGAUGUGUGAGAUACAGGAAUGGAUUUAAAAGACUAAUCAGUGGAUCUUGGGUAGCAUUUCAAAAGGCCUGUUUUCAAGUCAAUGUUGAAGAUACUGCAACAAUGAACUAUGAUGUCACAUUUAGUGACCCAGAACAAGGAAUUUGCAUAAAAUCUGGUGGUGAAACAAAGUCAUCUGUUGAAGCAGCAUGUAUUUUUGAUCAUCUGCAGCAUUAUGCAUACCCACAGACAGUGCCAUUUCAGUGUGUGCAGUUAGAUGUUAGUGAAGAAAAGGUCACUUGGAUGUUAGCAGAAAGUUCUGCUCCUCAGUUCUGGUGCAGGGUACUUGUAGAACGCUGUAUGGGAGUCAAAGAAGAAUUAUAUCAGAAGGUUACAGAAAAUACUAAAAGUGUUUCUCUUUUGAAAGAGUUGAAAGAUGCAACGAUUAUUGUAGAUUUGGAGGAUAUUUUAGGAAACAAAACUAGGAAAGAGGAGAGGGUGUAGCCAAAAUUGGUAAUGGCUUAAUUGUGAAUGGUGUAUAUGUACAUGUUUAUAGCUAUAUAUAAAGACCCUCUUUUUCUUUAGGGACAAAGACUUAGCUGAAGGAAAAAAGAUUUUCACAAAUUCAAAAUAAUGCAAUUGUUUUUGUUUUUCUUUCACCGUUUAUUAAAUUUACAUUUAACUAAUAAUAAAACUCACAGCUGGUCUCUUAUUGCAUUAUUAAUAAAACAUAAUGCAUUGAGAAAAUUUGUAUGUUUGGUCCUCUUACAAUUUCUUUUCCUUUUUAUGGUAUUUUUUAGUCAUUGUCAAACACUUUCUUUCCACAAGUCUGAAGCCAUUUGAAUCUAAGAGAUGUGUUGUAGCCUGAUGGUUAGCGUACACUGGAGCAGAAGGUUAUUAGUUCAACACUUGUUUGGGGCUGUGACUGCUCACCAUCAGAUGAUUUAACACAUUCCUUCCCUUUUUCCUAACUUAAAAAACAAUUUUUUUCUUUUGAAAAGCGUAAAAAGCUUUGUUUAAUAUAAUGGAGAACACACAAACACUCACUUUCCAUUAAUCCUCUAGCAUGUGCUCCUCUCUCUCACACAAAGACACACCCACACAUACAGGCAUUUACCAUAUACUAACUGCACAAAAGUAGAAACAUUAUGUGCCAAUUUCCUUGUAUAAAUUGACUUAUUUUUGUACAUAAAUAAUAAGAUCUGUUUCAUAAUAUUAAUUAUCUUAAAGGUCAUGCAGACGUAAAAGGUUAUUGUCUUGACCUGAGACUCACAGUCCUUUGUUCCAGUAGAUAUGUUCUGAAAGAUAAGGAGUUGCCCCCCAUGGUUUACAUCAUGCUGUUAUCAGUCUUACAUUAGUGGUAUCAUUAUCUCUAUCUGUGCUUACACUUUUAAAUAAAGGCUUGUGCGGGACUCGUAUCUUUGACUUGUAUAUAUCUCAUUCAAGCUAUUAUGCUGGUCCAGGGAGUGAUUUAUGUUUUUGCCUUUGUAGCAGCAAUUAAAGGUCUGUUUCUCAAAGACCUCUUCAAAUCAAGUGUGUGCUAUGAUACUGUCGGCUGCUUCAACAACAGUGACCCAUUUACCAACGCCUGGAAUGAAUUGCCUGACUCUCCAGAUAAAAUCGGGGUCACCUUUACUUUGUUUACAAGAGACGGUCCCACGCAAGGUCACGCUCUUGACUACAAAAAAUCCAGACCAAUGGAAGACACAACUUUUGACCCAGAAGCUGACAUCAAAAUGAUCAUUCACGGGUAUGUGAACGACGGAACCGAGGACUGGAACAAAAACUUGACAAAACAUCUGUUGCUAUUGAAGCCUUUCAACGUCAUACGCGUGGCUUGGGGGCCCGGGGCGUUCGAGCUGUACCCCAAGGCCGCAGCCAACACCCGGGUCGUUGGCGCUUCGGCAGCCAUACUGCUGACGUCACUAAGGGACCGCCAUGGUGUCAGCAUGGAGCGCGUGCACCUGCUCGGACACAGCCUGGGGUCACACGUGGCCGGGUACAUCGGUGCCCGUGUCCGGGGCAUUGGUCGCAUAUCCGGAAUGGAUCCUGCAGGACCUCUGUUCGAAUCUGUGGAUCCUCAAGUACGGCUUGAUCCAACAGAUGCCCUCUUCGUUGACUGCAUUCAUUCAGACGGCCUGCCGUUGACCGAUUUAGGCUUUGGAACAAUGUCCGCCUGGUGUCACGCUGACUUCUACCCGAACGGUGGGCGUUUCCAGCCCGGGUGUCCCCCGGUAGUACGUCGUACACUGGGUGACCUGUUGACCUUCAGAUACUCUGAGGCUGAAGACAGUGUUUCCUGCAGCCACUCUCGUUCCCAUGACUUGUACAUCUCUUCCAUCAACACCUGUCUCUUCCUUGCCUACCCCUGCGACAGCUACGACGACUACAUAGCCGGAAAAUGCGGCAACUCUAUCGGCGGCGAUGGUGGACCUGCAUCCAUGGGAUAUCACUCCGCAGACAGCAGGCGGCAUGGCAAGUUUUUCCUGGACACCACAGGAGAAUACCCUUUCUGUGUUGCAGGUCAAAGGUAAAUUUCAGCACGAUAGAACCGCUUGGCAGCACAAACGAGAGCAGGAGAGCGUGUCAGGAGGGCACAGUGUAUACACAUGGACGUCUUCAGAGUGCGUCAGGAGACCCAUCUUGUGCACUUUUGUUCUGCCAGAGACGGAAUGCUGAUGCCUUUAUUAAAAGUAAAUGCUCA